GCACAGCAAUUCACACAGCACUUCAGUUUGACUUUGCCACUCGCUCCGCUUUGUGUUUGCUUCUCGAAAGGGGAACCUCCAGUCCUCGACUUGAUUCGAUUCGGUUCGAUUCGAUCCGCCCACCUCAGUUCGACGGCGGUGUUCUCAGUGGCUUGCUGUCUCCAUAAUCGACCCAUUAGGCUUGGAUCGUUACCAUGCGGCAUCUGAUGCUUUUGGCCUUAAUUUUCGUGGCUCUGGUCUUGGCCAAGCCAGCGACGGAGGCGCCUCGUCUGCUGAUCGAUUCGGCGCCAUCGGUGGUCUCCUAUCAGGGAUCCUCGCAGGCACAGACCCGAUUCGUCAUCGCACCCAUGGGUCGGUCGUUGGGCUAUGUGGAACCCACCAAUCUCAAUCGAACCUUCCACACGAAGGCCACGCAGGAGAACGGAACCACUGGCUACGAGCAGCUCAACCUGAGUCCGGUCUAUGUGCCCAAUAGUUAGGCAAUGCAGUGUGUAGUUUAAGCUAGUUAAAUGUGUAAAUAAAGGCUGCGUUUAUAACAGUAUGACAUUCCAUUUGUUAGCUCUUUUUUCUAGGAUUCAUAUUGCCGUUUCAUAUUUAAUAUAUUACUUGUUAAUUUGUUGAAAAAUAGGUCUUAAAUUGCAUAUGGAGGAUUUUUUCAUUUUUCCAUUAAUUCCUUUUUUUUUGUUUUUAAAAAUCAGUUUAAUUAAAACUCAUAGUUAUACGAGAAGUCAAGUGCUAACCAAUUUAAAAAUAAUAAAUGUA